AUGGACCAGCAGUGGACCGCAUAUUCAGAAUCGAACGCGAACCGCCAGGCGCGGUACGAUCCCCACACCAUGACAACCCCUCAGCAGGUCCAACGGGACCCAAACCUACCUCAGCAGAUUAAGCAGGAACAGUUCGCGUCGCCCACCGCACCCUCGAGAACAAAUUCAAUGGCGACGCUGCCGUCGCCCGGUAGCUCGCUCACUCUCAGUCGAAGUGCAGAGUAUGGCGACCGAGACGGCGAUGUAGCCAUGGAGGAUGCGGACCCGUACAAACCCAAGUACACUGCCUCGCGCCCGAACCACCAGCACCGGCACUCGCAAUCAUUCCUCCAGCAGGAAGAUAGUGCUGCUGCCCGAAGAUACUCGCCUAUGAACAUGUCGCCGACGUCACCGUACAGCGGGAACCCACAACAAGGCGGGCAAAACUACACGAGCUUCUCUCCACAGGCGCAGAACAGCAACAGACAGAGUCCUACGAGAGGCAAUCCGUACAUGAAUACGCCGAAUAGUUAUUACUCCCCACCUGCUUCUCGCCCUCACGCACCGCAACUACCUCCUAUACAGUCGAACAUGAGCCCCGAGAGCUUCUAUCCGCAGUCUGCGACCGCACAAUUGAAUGCACCGAAGAUCACUCACCAGCCUCCGUUCCGCCGCGCACAUCCUGAGGGAGGUUUCAUCAGUCCCCUACAAGCGUUAACAUCUCACUUGCCAGCGACAUAUCGCGUGUGCAAUCCCGGCUUCAAGUACGAAUCGACCCGCAAUCCGCGCCGCGUUCUCACGAAACCGAGCAAAGGCGUCAAGAACGAUGGGUACGACAACGAAGACAGUGACUACAUUCUGUAUGUCAAUGAUAUCUUGGGAUCAGAAGACGCAGGACACAAGAAUCGCUACCUGAUCUUGGAUGUACUUGGCCAGGGAACCUUUGGACAAGUCGUGAAAUGUCAGAAUCUCAAAACGCAAGAAGUAGUUGCUGUCAAGGUUAUCAAGAACAGAACUGCGUACUUCAACCAGAGUAUGAUGGAGGUCUCUGUGCUGGAUUUGUUGAACAAGCAGAUGGACAAGAACGAUGACCACCACUUGCUGCGACUGAAAGACACGUUCAUCCACAGACAACAUCUGUGCUUGGUUUUCGAGCUACUAAGCGUCAACUUGUACGAAUUGAUCAAGCAAAACCAGUUCCGAGGGCUGUCAACAACCUUGGUCCGCGUGUUCGCACAACAAUUGCUCAAUGGGUUGGCUCUGCUAGGGAAGGCCAAGUUGAUACAUUGCGAUCUAAAGCCCGAGAACAUAUUACUCAAGAACCUCGAGAGCCCGAUCAUCAAGAUCAUCGACUUCGGUUCGGCAUGCGACGAACGGCAGACGGUAUACACGUAUAUCCAAUCGCGAUUCUAUCGGUCACCCGAAGUUUUACUGGGCCUGCCAUAUUCCGCAGCAAUUGACAUGUGGUCUUUAGGCUGCAUUGUGGUUGAGCUGUUCCUUGGACUCCCGCUCUUCCCAGGUUCGUCCGAGUACAACCAAGUGGCGAGGAUAACUGAGAUGCUCGGACUGCCACCGACGUGGAUGCUCGAAAUGGGCAAGCAAUCCGGGGAAUUCUUCGAGAAGGCUCACGAUGAGUACGGACGAAGAACAUACAGGUUGAAGUCGAUGGAGCAAUACUCGAGAGAGCACGGUACAAAAGAACAGCCGAGUAAGAAGUACUUCUCCGCCACGACUUUGCCAGAGAUCGUGAAGAACUACCCAAUGCCACGAAAGAACAUGAAGCCCAAUGAGAUUGAGCGAGAGAUGCAAAAUCGUUAUGCAUUUAUCGACUUCGCUACGGGAUUGCUGAAUCUUAAUCCAUUGGAGCGAUGGACGCCCAACCAAGCGAAACAGCACCCGUUUAUCACACAACAGAAGUUUACAGGGCCUUUUGUGCCACCAAUGGCUAUGCGUUCGGGAUCUAACAGAUCACCUGCUCCCGGUGUCCAAGAGCAACAGCGGUACGAAGGCAUGAGCAAACAGCGUGCCCAGGCGCAACAAGCUGCUGUAGCGCAACAGCAGGCACAACAACAAGCCCAACAGGCUGCACAAAACGCCGCGUACGCCAACAUGCAGAUGAACCAGUACCAAGGCCAGACUCCGCACGCACAAGCGCCUAAUAUGUACAACAACAUGUACUCGCCGAAUCAUCAAGGCGCUCCACCGCCCUAUCCCGCUCAGCCUGGAUACAAUCAGCAAAUGGGCAUGAUGCAGCCGCAGCAGCAACAGCGCCAAUACAACCAGCCCCAAAACUUGUAUGCACAGGCUACAACUCGCGCGGGUAGGCAGCGCGCGUCUACCAUGGACCAGCAAGUACAGUCUGGUAUUCCGCCUGCGCUGCAGAGAGUCAUUAGUCAUUUGGAUCCAAACGCACCGAUUCGAUUACAACCAUCGCCUGCAUACUAUCCUCCUCCGCCCGAAGGUGCACCGGACGCAGCAGGUAAUGGUCAGAGGAGGAGAGGUUCCCGAGCGGCAGGGCAAAGCCAACGGAAUUUCGUUCGUACCCUAGAAGAUCGCACUCUUGAAGAAGGUUUCAUGAGUCAACACGGAUGGCAAUGA